AUGUCGCUUUUGUGGGCGCUGAGCGCGUUUCUGCGCGUCUACGCCGCCGGUGCGCUGGUGGUGUUUACGCAGCUGCUGCGAAGAUGUUUUGGGGGCUUCUCGGAACCAACCUUCCAGGCGCAGCCCGGACGCGUGGCCAUCGUGACGGGAGGCACGGACGGCAUCGGCUACGCCACCGCCAAGCAGCUGGCCCGGCUUGGCAUGCACGUCGUCCUCGCCGGGAACAAUGAAGGCCGAGCCCGGGACGCCGUGGACAGCAUCAGGGCCGAGACGCGCAACGGCAAAGUGGAGUUCCUGUACUGCGACCUGGCGUCGCUGGCGUCCGUCCGGGACUUCGCGCGCGAGUUCAAGGCCAAGCAGCUGCCCCUGCACGUCCUCGUCAACAACGCCGGGGUCAUGAUGGUGCCCCGAAGAGCGACCGGCGACGGGUUCGAGGAGCACUUUGGACUCAACUACCUGGGCCACUUCCUGCUCACCCGCCUGCUGCUGGACACGCUGGAGGCCUCGGGGCGCGACGGCCGCUGCGCCCGCGUGGUCACCGUGUCCUCGGCCACGCACUACGUGGGGCGCCUCGACCUGGACGACCUCCAGGGCAGCCGGGGCUACUCGUCACACGGCGCCUACGCGCAGAGCAAGCUGGCCCUGGUGCUCUUCACGUACCGGCUGCAGGCGCUGCUCGAGGCCCGGGGCCGGCCCGUGACCGCCAACGCCGUGGACCCCGGCGUCGUGGACACCGACCUCUACCGCCACGUCUUCUGGGGCCGCGGCCGCCUGCGCCGCCUCCUCGCGCCCUGGCUCUUCAAGACCCCGGAGGAAGGCGCGUGGACGUCCGUGCUGGCCGCCGUGUCUCCCGCCCUGGAGGGCCGCGGCGGCCGCUACCUGUACAACGAGAAGGACACGCGGUCCCUGGCCGUCACGUAUGACACACGCCUGCAGCGCCAGCUCUGGGAGAUCAGCUGCCGUCUCACGGGACUGCGUGACGCCCUCGAAGGCCCGGACUAG